UCCAGCCCGCUGCCCCACCAUGACAAAGGAGUACCAAGAUCUUCAGCAUCUGGACGAGGACAAUGACCAUCAGCUCAGAAAAGUGCCGGCUCCUCCCCAGCCGCUGCUUCGGCGUCUCUGCUCCGGACCCCGCCUCCUCCUGCUCUCCCUGGGCCUCAGUGUCCUGCUGCUGGUGGUUGUCUGUGUGAUUGGAGCCCAAAACUCCAAGCUGAAGGAGGAGAUGGAGGUUCUGAGGGAGACGAUCAGCAACUUCACAGAGACCACGGAGGUCAAAGUCAAGGACCUGAACGUUCAGGGAGAAAAUGUGGGCAGAAAGAUGAAAUCCCUGGAGUCCCAGGUGGAGAGACAGCAGCACGACCUGAAAGAAGAUCACGCUUCCUUGCUGCUCCACGUGAAACAGUUUUUGUUUGACCUGCGAGGCCUGAGCUGUCAGAUGGCAGUCCUCCAGGGCAAUGGCUCUGAAAAGGCCUGCUGCCCAGUGAACUGGGUGGAGUAUGAAGGCAGCUGCUACUGGUUCUCUCGCUCUGGGAAGGCCUGGCCCGAGGCUGACAACUACUGCCGGCUGGAGAACGCCCACCUGGUGGUGAUCGGCUCCAUGGAGGAGCAGAAAUUUGUCCAGCACCACACGGGUCCUGUGAACACUUGGAUUGGUCUCACUGACCAAAAUGGGCCUUGGAGAUGGGUAGAUGGGUCGGACUACGAGAAGGGUUUCAAGAACUGGAGACCAGACCAGCCUGAUGACUGGCAUGGGCAUGGACUAGGAGGAGGUGAGGACUGUGCCCAUUUCACAGAUGAUGGCCGCUGGAACGAUGACUUCUGCCAGAGGCCCUACCGCUGGGUCUGUGAGACAGGGCUGGACAGCACCAGCUAGGAGCCUCUUCUCCCCUUAAUUUAUUUCCUCAAUGCUUCACCUGCUAAAGGGGC